AUGGCAGAAGAUUUGAAAGCAAAGGGUAAUACCGCAUUCGCCCAAAAGGAUUACAAGACUGCGAUUGACUACUUCACACAAGCAAUCCAAUUAGACGGUAAUAAUCAUAUUCUAUACUCGAACCGCUCAGCUUGUUUUGCAUCAGAGAAGGACUACAAAAACGCUUUAGAAGAUGCCACCAAAUGCACGAACAUCAAGCAUGACUGGGCGAAAGGAUGGUCGCGUAAGGGAGCAGCCUUACAUGGUUUAGGAGACCUGACGGCUGCUAAAGCUGCUUUUGAAGAAGGCCUGAAGUUUGACUCUAAGAAUGCCCAACUCUUGAACGGUCUAAAGAGUGUUGAGGCUGCCCAAAGCUCAACUGGCGGGGAUGGUGGCUUUAAUCCAUUCGCCAAAAUGACUUCCCAAUUGAAUGACCCCAAGUUUAUUCAAAAGUUAGCAAGCAACCCAGAAACAGCAUCUUUGUUGGGUGACGCUGGCUUUAUGACCAAACUUCAAAACAUCCAGAAGAAUCCUGGCUCUAUUAUGUCUGAAUUGGGUGACCCACGUAUGAUGAAGGUAAUUGGUAUGCUCAUGGGCAUCGACGUCAACAUGAAGGGUGAAGAAGAUGCCUCUACUAACACCAACGAGCCUGCUUCUUCUUCUGAGGCCUCCAAAUCGGAACCUGCUCCUAAGGAAGAAGCCAAACACGAGCCUGCUGCUCAACCUAUGGAGGAAGAUAAAUCUCCUGAAGAAAUCGAAGAACAUGCUAGCGAAGCAGCUCUUCGCAAAAAGGCUGACGAGGCCAAGCAAGUCGGUAAUGAAAAUUACAAGAAGCGCAACUUCCCUGUUGCUAUUGAACACUACAGGAAAGCCUGGGAUACUUAUAAAGAUAUCACAUAUCUAAAUAAUCUCGCUGCCGCUUAUUACGAAGCUGAUGAGUUGGACAACUGCGAAUCUACUUGCAAAGAAGCCAUUGAACAAGGUCGUGACUUGCGUGCUGAUUUCAAAUUAAUCGCCAAGGCCCUUGGCCGUUUGGGUACUACUUAUCAAAAGCGCGGUGACCUUGCUAACGCUAUUGACUAUUUCCAACGUUCUCUUACUGAACACCGUAGUCCCGAUAUCCUUACAAAGCUGAAGGAUGUUGAAAAGCUUAAAGAAAAGAUAGACCGUGAAGCUUACAUUGACCCUGCCAAGGCUGAUGAAGCCCGAUCUAAGGGUAACGAUCUUUUCAAGGCCGGUGAUUUUGCUGGUGCCGUCAAGGAAUAUACUGAAAUGACUAAACGUGCUCCCACUGAUCCUCGUGGUUUCAGCAACCGUGCUGCAGCUUACCUUAAGGUCAUGGCACCUGCCGAGUGCAUUCGUGAUUGCAAUCAGGCUAUCCAAUUUGAUCCCACUUUUGCUAAAGCCUAUGUUCGUAAGGCUCAAGCUUUGUUCAUGUUGAAGGAUUACGGAAAAUGUAUCGAUGCUUGCAAUACCGCUGCUGACGUCGAUCGUAAAGAGCCUAAUACUGGUAAAAACAUUCGCGAAAUCGAUUCGCAAUUGCAAAAGUGCAUGAAUGCAAUGGCCUCUCAAAGACAAAAUGAAACCGAAGAAGAGACAAUGGCCCGUAUCCAAAACGAUCCUGACGUUUUGGCUAUUCUCCAAGAUCCUGCCAUGCAAGCUAUCCUUGGCCAGGCUCGUGAGAACCCUGCCGCUUUAAUGGAACACAUGAAGAGCCCUGCCGUUAAAAGCAAGAUCGACAAACUUAUUGCCAGUGGUGUUAUUCGCCUUGGAUAA